AUUUUUAUUAUAUUUUCUUACAUUAUUGUUAUAAAAUAUACAUAUAAUAGUUAUAUUAUUCUAUUCCUACUAUUUUAUCAAUACAAUCGACGUUCAAUUCGGCUAUUUUAGUUUUUGGUUAUGUUACAGUUCUGAGUUAUAAAUAAUACAUUUGCUUUUAUUUAAUAUCGACAUAUUUUCUUAAGGAUAUCGAAGAAAAAUGACAAGUCGAUCUCAGAAACCGAAAUCAUCAAUCGAGAGUCCAAAAAAAACUAUUAAACGUAUUGAAAGUUCUUGGGUUCUUCUUCUAAAAGAAGAAUUGUUUGAAAAUAAUAACUUCAGCAUCAUAACCUUGCCACAUCCAGCACAUGGUAAUCCAGCUAAAUAUUGCUUGGACUAUGUUCAUAGCAAGAUGUAUGAACUGGUAACAUUCAGUGAACCCUAUCGAUCUUGGUUCAUUGGAGAGACUGUUAAAUCUGAUGGUGACUUGCUUAUGUUGACUGCAGUAAAUCCUUUAUUUUUGAUAUUACCACAACUAAGAAAACAAUGCAGUACCAGGGCUGUGCCUUUAGAGGAUUUGCUGUCAGAAAAAAGUUAUAACAAAAUAGUACAAUUCAUUACUAAUAUAGAUUUGAUUGGAGACCUCAAGGGUCCAGCAGACAUGAAAGCUUACAAGUACAAUGAAGAUAAAACUUUAAAAUGGCUUGAAGGACGAGUUCGGAAAUUGGCAAAAGUAUUGAGAGAGAAGAAUAUACAUGUAACUUCUGGAGCCACUUCUGCCACAUUCAUAGCAAGUAACAUUACAAAAGAUACAAUUGAUGAAGAAUUUUAUUUGAAAUAUGCACAUGGAAUGGUCUCUGAAUAUCUACAAGAGGAACUUGUACAACUUUUAGAAAAGCAGUUGGAUUUUCAACCGGACCUAAUUGAAUCUGUUGGAAAGAAAAGAAAGUCCGAAGCAACAGAUGUUAAUGAUAUGAAAAAAGUUAAACAAGAAUUUCCUGAAGAUACAGAAAACAUGUAUAACAAUAUUAAUCAAAGUUAUACUGAGGUAAAGAAAGAACGGCCAUUAUCUGCUAAAGAAAAGGCACGUCAAAAAGCCGCUAAUGGGACUAAAACAAUAUCUUCCUUCUUUACAAGAAAGUAGACUAUGUUGUGCUCAGGGCUUGCUUUAAGCGAUUAAGUGUGUAUAUAAUUGGAACUGGAUUAAAAAAAGUCAGCGCUCCUAGCUAAUACCAGCUAUUUCCUAUAGUAUCUUGGGGCUCAUUCCUGUGUAAAUAGUAUUGGAAACAGGUGUCUGUAUGCUAUGUAUUUCAAUCAAAAAUAAUAAUACCUAUUAUCAUUAUGGGUACAAUUUUUAUAAUUCAAUUUUCACUUUCUGUUGCCCCCAGCAUAGCCUAUCUGAUGUGGGGCCCUAGGCAGUUCCCUAUUCCGCCUAAUGGUUACCCUGACCCUGUAUAUGAUGGGGGUCUAAAAUUGUUGUAACGUAAUUUAUAUGUGACAAGCGCCCAUGUUUUUGGUGGUGUAAACAUUUCAAAUUUACAGCUUGCAGCAACUGCCAAAAGUGGUUUCGGCUUUACGCUAUUAUUUCUAUAAGAUUUUAAUUUGUGAAUUAAUGUAAAUAAUUUUCCUCUAUGUUAAUUGAUCUUUGAGAAAAAUUCUAUACAUAGAUUUUAUAGACCGUACAUUAUAUGUAAGUAUAAGUCAAAUCGAAAAUAUAUUCUUACUAGCUAACCUGCGCAACUUCGUCUGCGUCACAUUUUUCCCGUUUUGGAACAUUUUUUAUUGCAGCUUCACUCCUAUUGGUUGUAGCGUGAUGUUAUGUAUAUCCUACAGCCUUCCUUGAGACACGGAGUUCCCAACACUAAAAGAUUGUCGGAUCACUAGUGCUGGAUUUUAUUGAUUAUCCAAACUCAAAAACUACAUUUUUAUAAUAUUAAUAUAUCUUAUUGAUUGUCUCGAAUUUUUGGUAAGUAAAAAAAGAAUUAAGUCCAAAGAUCAAUGUCUGAAACUUGGAUUAAUAUAAUUAUUAUGUCACAUUAUGUGAAUGUCAGGUGGGGGUGUGUAUAAUUUUAAUAAUCGACUUGAUUCAUAAACAAAAUUUUGUUAAAUUAUAAAUAUUUUGUUUUAUUUGAAUCCUUAAAAUACGCAUUUAUUGUCAUGUUUUAAUUUUUUACUUUUAUUUGAA